GUUCGCAGGUCUUGUGGUGGCAUUCGGGAUCCAAAUCUUUCGAACGGGCCAUCCCAUCAAAAACCCCACACCACACACCAACACCAUCACCAACACACACCCACAACGAACUUCUCAAAAUAGCAGCUGCAACUACAGGCAUCGGCAAGAUCUGGUUUAAAAGAUGAACAAAGCACCAGUAAAGAGUCUUUACUCAUGGAGAGCUGUUGCCACUAGUCUUCCGCGCCCUACGAACGGAGAGAAGGCGUUUUCGACUGUGGAAAGUCCGAAAGAUCUCGACAAUAAGAACGACCAAGAUAAUUCUAACCCAUAUUGGAAGAAGCAUUCGAAGACCGGACGCUAUCAACGACCCAUCUAUAUUGCUGCUACCCGCCAGCAUGUUGGGAAAACAACUGUCUCUCUAGCAGUACUUUCAGGCCUUCAAAAACGCUUCGAUAAGAUAGGUUUCAUCAAACCUGUUGGCCAGCAGCAUGUUCGAGUGGAAUCAAAGAACUCCCCCGGGAAGGAAAUCAGAGUUGAUAAAGAUGUGGAACUAAUCAAGGAGCGUUUCAACUUGGAUCAUCUGGACUAUGAAGACAUGAGUCCUGUAUUGAUACCCAAGGGAUACACCAAAGAUUUCGUUGAUGGCAAAAUUGCAUUCGAGUCGCAACUGAGUGAUCUUGAAUCAGCAAUGAAAAAUGUAGCAACAGCCAGCGACGUAACUGUCUGUGAGGGUACUGGACACUGUGCUGUGGGAAGCAUUGUCGGUCUCAACAACGCAAAGGUUGCUAGCAUCCUCGGUGCGGAUAUGCUCCUGAUUGCCAAUGGAGGAUUGGGCAGCGCAUACGAUGAACUGGAGCUGAACAGGGUGCUUUGCCAUCAAUAUGGGGUGAACAUUGCUGGUGUUGUCAUAAACAAAGUCAUCCCUGAGAAGUAUGACCAGACCAAGGAAUACAUGUCAAAAGCAAUGAUGAAAACUUGGGAUAUUCCACUUCUUGGAUGUGUUCCGGAUCAGCCCUUCCUAGGUUGUCCUGCUCUGGCAGAUUUGGAACGGCUCUUUAAGGCAACCCUUGUUUGUGGGGAAGAGCACCGGUUCCGCCACUACAGUGUUGACGACAUCAAUGUUGUCACCACCAAUCUGACACGAUUCCUUGAAAACUUGAGAGAAAAACCACAGCGAACAUUGUACCUUUGCCACGUCACACGAGAUGACCUCAUUGUGGGUUUCAUGGGGGAGCACCAAAGACGAAAAGCGAACAGUGACGACUCAUUCGAGGCGGCUCUGUUGAUCUGCGGUCGACAAGGAAAGUAUCAACUAUCCAACGAAAUCUCGGACCUUCUCAGUGGACUGGAGGGGGCUCCUGUCAUGGUGGUGGAGAAAACGACACAUGAGGCCACAUCGAUGAUAUCAAAAUUUACCCCAAAGCUGAAUAUUGACGACACAAACAGAGUUGGCGUGGCCAUUGAACAUUAUGAACCCUACAUUGAUUUUGACGAACUUUUGCGGAGGACACAAACGACGGAAUCAUCAAACAAGUAGUGCAGUUUCUUGUGCAUCCUUCCUUUUUUGAACCAGUUUGAUGCAUUGAUGCCCCUUGAAACCCUGACAAAGUCAAACCGCCAUGACUCCGUAACUAAGCACCAAACUAAGGUCUACACAAGCUGCGGAAAUAAGAACUACAUGUAGAUAAAUGCUUAAGGAGCGAAUGGGGCAUGGUGGGCCACCUGUAGUUUGAGGGGGCGUUAAGGCUUCGGGAGAAAUACACGUAGGGGGCAGAAGGAGUCAGGUCGGGAAAUGGGGUAGGACGAUCAAAUUGGUGGAAAUAGUAGUGCAAGUGUACCAUCAGCAUCCUAGAUGGAGCAGUGGAAGCUCAUCUUGCCAGCAGGGACAGGGGAAACACGCAAACAGAGGUGAUGGAACUGAACGAGCUAUCAGCCACCCUCCUUUUCACAGGCCCAGGCGAUGGUACAAGUGUGUGCCUACAGUUUGGCCUGCAACUAGCCCGGAAGUGUGACCAGGAGCGGAACCUUUGAGAUGGGCAAGGGGGACGGCCUUUUAAAAUAAAAUAGUAAAAGGUUUUGGAUUAUCGAGUUCGUCCAGGCUAAUAGUAGCAUGCUUUGUGAAGCCCUGGUUGGUUGGAACUGGAGUUGUUGUUGCUGCAGCUA